AUGCUGGAGAUCGUAACAUUCAAAAUCGAACAAACAACAACGAUACGCUCUCUUUUCCUCCUCCUCCUUCGUUAUCUUCUACUUCCCCUCCUCUUCCGCGUCGUUAGCGCACACGCCAGAAUGGCAGGGUGAGUGCGCUCACUCUGACAGCCUGGAAUGCUCGUUCCCUUUUAGACAAUCCGAGGAGUAACUGACAGAGACGGAGGACAGCACUAAUGUCUCAGGAACUGGCGCGCUAUAAGGUGGACAUCGUCGCACUCAGCGAGAUCCGGUUCACCAAACAAGGCCAACUGAAGGAGGUGAGCGCCAGUUUCAUCUUCUUCUGGAGUGGUCGCCCCUAGGCAGAGCGACGGGACGCGGGUGUCGCCGUUGCCAUCCGAAAGGACACCGUUGGACUACUGCCCUGUCUGCCUUAAGGCAUAAACGAUCGUCCGAUGAGCCUUGGCCUGCCUCUUCGGGAGGCAAAUUCCCCACCAUCACCAGUGUCUUCUCUCCACCGAAGACCAGCUCUGACACCUCAAGGGUAGGCCAAUCAUCGUCUGGUCAUCUCGAAGAUUCGGAUUCACUCACAGCCACAUAGGAGACCACAAGGUAAGACACCCCAAGGUAGGUUGAAUAUUGCCUUGUUGUUUUUGCUGGCUCACCACGGUCAUUUCAGCAACGAGCUACUUCAACUGGUAGACAGCCUUGCAGUCGCUGCCGCAACCGAUGACGAGAACGCCUCCGUGGAGAAUCGAUGGUGUCAACUGCAGGACAAAAUCCAUCCGACGGCUCUGGUCGUCCUCGGUCAUGCACGCCGUCAACACCAGGACUGGUCCGAAGACAAAGACGCCGCAAUCGACGACCUGCACGCCGAGCUGAAUCACCUGCACAAAGCCUAUGUAGGCCACCUCACGGACGACAACAGAAAUGCCUUCUACCGUUGUCGUCGACUCCUCCAACAGCGACUGCACGAGAUUCAGGACGCCUGGACGGCUCGCAAGGCCCAGGAGAUCCAAGGACACGCGGAUAGCAACGAAUGGAAGAACUUCUUUUCCGAGAUCGAAGCCGUCUACUGUCCGCCAGCCAAAAGUAAUUGUUUGAUUUGGAGGGAAAUUAACCCGCGAACUUGAGAAAACCUUCCAUAGCAAAGCUGUUUAGGCACGGCCCGAUCUGUUACAUGUGAAUAAGCGAGUCGGAAUCCAUCAGGUACUGUUGAACAACUGCGCAAUAUUUGCACCUUGCCAAGCAACAGUCAGCAGUACGUAAAUACAAGGUGAUUAUCCGUGUUAACAACACAAGUACUAGAUGAAGGCACAUACGCUUGUCGUCCGCCGACCCUGUGCUGUUGUAUCAUACAGUUACAGGAGCUUUAGGUCUCUAGUAAGACCUUCAGUGUUUUCCCAUGGGCCUUACCUAUAAGCAUCUCGACGAUGGCAUCGUAUAAGCAAUCAUUUGGUAAUGCUACAAAGAAUCCCAGCUGAUCAACUCCGAAAACUAAUUCGACGCAUUAGGUGGCAAGACUGAGAUGAAUAUGAGAUACUCUCGCAAAUCAUAUUCACUUAGAGAAAGUCUAAAGCCUAAUCCCGACACGGGAUUGAAGCGGUAAGUCUGUAAUCUGUGAUUGCUUUAGCAGGGUUCAGAAGGACAAAGAUAUAACUCACGCAAUCACUAUUCAAGGACAUUAAUUUUCACGUUGGAAUUACUUGCGGGUCAGUCAAUUACACACCAGCCAGACAGCCAACCACAGCACUCUUUUACGCACUGGUUUUCAUUGCUCAAGAGGAUACAGAGGAUAAGACGAGUACAGAAAACGGAGGACAAGCGAUAAUUGACGAACAACUGACAUUGUCAUCAGCCUGAAAGAAUCGCUGGUGAAUAACACACAACAUUUGCGUCAGAGUUGCCUUCUUUCUAAACGGUGCUGGCGUAAAUUGCCGAUGACCUACUUACUGUAGUUCGGUCGAUUAAAGCAUGAAAUAUUAUUGGAAGAUGUGUUAAGUAGGCCAAAAGAUGUACCUUAAGAAAACAUCCAUGCAAAUAGUGGGGAGAAAGAUGAUGGUGGCUCAUUUCCGAAGGUUUGUCCUCAGCUUGAUUCAGGUUAACUUUAAAUUUCGCAUGCCUACGGCGUGAAUUAGGCUGAUUCCCAAAACAGACUUGAUGUAGGCUACUAUCUGACGAAUACUUGGACUAAAAAAUAAGUUACAACAGUAAUAACUUAUGCAAUCACCUUUUUUUCCCUAUCUGUCUUAGGCUAAUUAAAUAAGGGAAGCUCCGGCAAGGAGAACUAGUAGACCCUAAAUACCAUAGAAAGAUGAAAUUCUAGUAGGAAAAGUACACGGUUAACAAAUAAUUUGCAGACGGCCUAUGAUGAAUUCAACUCCUCAGAAAAUCUAGGCAAUCCUCUGCGUCUAGAACUAUUAAUGAACCCUCCAGCAUUAGGUGCACUAAAUCAUUGGACCUGUCAUUCGAUUGAAAAUGACGUCUACUUCAAAUUAUAUACUCGAAGAAGUGGUAUAAUUCGAUCUCCAAAAAAUAUUCCAAUUUCCGAAUAAAUUUGAACACGAUCUGCCGUUACACUCACAUUCAGGGUUUUUAAACUACAAGCCGUAUCUUUUCCGCGUACAAAAAACCGUACGUUCCUCUACGGUAUUAACAGAAGACUACAUGCAGCUCGUAAAAUUCAACAGCACAUUUGAGCCCUAUUCUUUACAUUAAAAGCCAAAUUGGUAACUGCAGAGACAUGACGUUUUAUGGACGGCCAUUUCACGGUAUUCAAGGAUCUCACAAAUAGAAAAGUUUUGAAAACCAAAGUAUAACCUUCUGUCGAGUAUCACAUUGAAGGAGAAUAUAAUUUCGUACUAAACGGGCAAAAGAAUGGAUACUUAUAUGAAUUUGUUUCAUGAAAUACAACUGAAUCUUUACGGGCAUCGAAAGACAUUGAGAAACGUACAUAAUACAUAAUUAAAAAUUUUGGCUAUUCGUCAGAUUGUAAUGCUGAACCGCGUUUCUUCUUCGCGGUCAGUUGAUGCGAUCAACGUCGAUGCAUCUCGUUUGCCUAUAUAUAAGCACCUAACAUCGGUAGCUUGACAAUUUAAAGAUUCAUGAACCAUCAGUGCGUGAGCCGUGAUUCCGCUAAGUCUGUAACGCAUCGCCAUCUGUCUCUUUGAGCGAUGCAUCUCCACCUAGAAAACAGCCAAGGUUGUACCUACGGGGUACUUCAAAUCUCGCCUUUUCGAUUUAUAAUAAGCUUUCGGGUCUUCCAUUUAGUUUUCUUUUCAAAACGGCAGUUGACAUUUUGGAGCAGACUUUCCGGUAGUAAUUGAACCAGCACAACACCAGAAGGCUUUGGCACUUCCGUUUGUGGCAGUUUGUCGUUUUAUAGAUAAAUUAGCUCUAAAAUGUCACACAUCUUCAAACUACAGUGGACUCCCCCAUUUAAGUCGCAGUAAUUAAAGAAUUCGUUCUGCCACCUCACUGAACGAACAGACUAGAAGAACUCUCUUAUGCGCCUCCAUACCGGCACGUUCUGUCCACACAUCUUACUGUUCGGGAGCAUCAGUGACCCCUCGUACUUGCCGCAAGUUUUGUCCUCUGCUUCUUCACUGUCCGCGAAUUCAGUAUGAAACUUCCCCUAUGGACAAAAUGUCAGGUUUGUCAUAAUGGCGGUUCCAUUUUAGAAAGUUUACUAGGCAUCCAGCAGUUUCGACCAGCUGUUUUACAUCCUCUAAGUUUAAAGACAGCCUCAUGCCCAAAACAUUGCCCUCCUUCCUCUCUUCCUGUUCGGAAUUGGGACUGGUGAUCGCAGUAGCUAGGACCUCACUGACAUAAGCCGUCGCGAUAGUGAUGAAUCCGACGUAAUACAAACGCGCCACUGCUACAGGUGUCUGGACUCAAUCAUCACAAUUUAUCCUCUCGACUUUAAGUACAUUUACCUUGGCCACUUGCUGGGAGCACGAUAUGGAGGAUUUAGUUAUCGGCAUCCUGUCGUGAAUCGAUAUGUCUGUCAUCAAACAAUCUCAGCUUAUCGAGUCAUGGCAAUGGUUGCUUUCCAAUCCAAUAGAACAGUCCCUCCAUCAGUGUCGACAUUCGGCAUCCUUCCCGCUAUCUACCGACAACGGCAUUUCUGCAUUCAAACCGGCGGCUACCGACACAACAUACGCAUUUGCCAUCGACGUUCAACUCUACCACCUGCUCUCUCCAGUCUCUCUGUCGUCCUGGCUCCUUCCUGCCAGCUGCAUCCGCCCACGCUGCCGAUAG